UUAUAGCCCAUGUAUACCGGAAGUGAUUUAUGAUGCAACUGUGUGUAGCGUUUGAGCAAAUUUUUCAAUGAAAUUAUCUCAGUAGUUUUAUUUCCCACCAUGAAAUAUUCGAAUGGCGAAAGUAUUAACACCAAAAGAACACUUCAACAAAUAUAUCGGUAUUUUUAAAUAUAGUAACAGUUAAACAAUUGAUGUAAAUCGAUUACUCAUGCCGAAAGUUAGCUACGCCAUGGACAGGAUUAGCUAGCUGCCAUGAGGUUAACACAGCGGUAAUGGGAACUCUUUCAACAUUAGCAAGAACCAAGUCACAUUGUAUGAUUCUCAUCUAGUUGCACUUAAGCCUGUCACAAUGUCUGUCCUGUGUCGCUGCGUUUUGUUCGACCGUGUCUCCAAUUUAAAGACACGGGCGUGUUUUACACAGGUCAUGAGGUUUGGGUACAGUACAAGUCCACAGUGGAAGACCUCUAACGGCGUCCUGCGAGUUGGAAACGCAGCCAUAACACGGAACUCAGCUCAUCUCUCUGCUGUGUCUAAUAAGUCAGGGAAACGCAGUUUUACAUGUUCAAGCUUUCUUUCAAGUCCAGCUAUGGAUGGAGCAACCCGAGUAAAGAGAGUUUCUAUAGAGGGCAACAUUGCUGUUGGAAAGUCAACUUUUGCAAGACUCCUUCAGUCAGCUUGUCCAGACUGGGAAGUGGUGGCAGAACCAGUCAGCAAGUGGCAGAACAUUGAGAGUGGGACCACGAAGGGGACAAGCGUGUCCCCCCAGACGACAGUCAGCAACCUGCUGCAGAUGAUGUACCAGGACCCUCAGCGGUGGUCGUACACGUUUCAGACGUACUCCUGCAUGAGCCGGCUGAGAACGCAGCUGCAGCCUCCUCCUGCUCACCUGCUCAGCUCAGAGGGAACACCUGUCCUGGUGUAUGAGCGCUCAGUCUACAGCGACAGAUACAUCUUUGCCCUGAACAUGUUUGAGCUGGGUUGUAUCAACACUACAGAGUGGGCAGUUUACCAGGACUGGCACUCUCUUCUGGUGGAACAGUUUGGACACCAGGUGGAGCUGGAGGGCAUCAUCUACCUCAAAGCCCCACCAACGAAAUGUAUGGAGCGUCUACAGCGUCGGGGGAGAGCAGAGGAGAAGGGAGUGAAGCUGGACUAUCUGGAUAAACUGCACGUUCAGCAUGAAAAGUGGCUUGUUGAGAAGAGCACUGAAAUACACUUUGAGAAGCUGAAACAGGUACCUGUGUUACAACUCGAUGCCAGUGUGGAGUUUCAGAGUGACCCAGAGGUGCUGGAGCAAUUCAUUACAAAGGUGAAGAAUUUCUUCAAUUCUUUAUGAAGAAGAUCACCAGUGCAAACAGAUGAGACCAGCAGGACUUCAGUCUGUGAAGUGUGUAAACUGACACGUAACUACACAUAAACCUCUCAAUAAGUGAAGAAAUAUAAAUGAAAAUUAAAUGUUUUCUCUUUUUGAUAAACUGCAUUCUCUACCAGACCAUAUUACUGUACUGAAACACACACUUUUACUGUAUUUUGUUAUAUUUGCUACAUUUUUUUAAAAUGUUUUGUUAUAUGUUUGUGUAUUUAUUUAUUUGGGAUUCACCAGGGAGUUAAAUUUAUAUUUUGCAUUGUUUAUUCCAACUGAAAUCUUCUCUCACGUAUCCAGCUGAUGUGUUGAUUAUAAACUAAAUCUGUGCUGUCACACAGGUGACCAUUUGGAACCACAGUUUAAUGAUGAUCACACAGUUUUUAUGCACAAUACUGUUUGACACAUUCCUGAAUGACAGAAUGGAGCAAGCAGAUAACACAAAUAUUGUAUUUGAUGCUUGCUGACUAAAUAAAAAGAUUUGUUCUUUUAAA